CGUGACGAGGGACACAAUCACUUGAGAGUCACGAGCUUGUGAAGUGUUUUUGGUUCGCCUGAAUUUGCAGUAGUUUCUUCAUCUUCUGCUUCUCAUUAUGUUUUUAACAAAAUUGUGUUUGCUUGUUUUCGCAGUCGAGACGGCAAAUUAUGUCUCAUUAUUCGUUAACGCCUCGCGUGAAACGGUGAAUUCAGCUACUGGUACGUUUCGCUUCGCCAAUAUUUAUGGCGACCACAUGGUUCUUCAGGCAAAGCCGUUCAGUGCCAUGGUUUGGGGAUUUGGAGAAAUCGGACAGACAGUUGAUGUACGUGUUGGAAACGAAUUUCUUGAAACCAAGGUGAUAGAAGGUCUGUAUGGUCUGUAGGGAAUUUUGAAUUUGUGAUGUUAGUGAUUAUUGGACAUCGAUCCAGGCAAUAUACAGCUGUAUAGGAGCAUAGGAAUUCUUUGCAAAGUAAAAACAAAUAAUAGUUGAACAUAACAUACGAUAACGUUCUGACGCAAAAAGGGUUAAAAAAAAUUGAAACAUUGAAUUUUAAUCUCUUCACAAGCAGUGACGGGAGGGGGGGGGGUGGUUAUGAGAGGGGAGGGGUCGUGGGUAGCAUUCUCUCUCCCCCUCUUGGAAUGCUAAUUAUCAAAAUCAUGAGGGCUCCCUCUUAAAUCUUCUUUAUUUGAAUAGAGCGUUUUCAUGGACAGCAUGUCAUUUUUAAAGGCACUUUGUCCAGAGUGAAAAAAAAAACUCAUUGCAUGUUGGGGGGAGGUGGAGAUGCAAAUUUCCAAAAUCAGGGACUCCCUCUCAAAACAAUCUCUUUCCCAAGUAAAAUGCCCUGUUAAACAGCCAUAUUUGAACUUUGUCUGACAUUUAAAAAUGUUGGAUCUUAGGUGCCAAUGGUUCUGGUGUGUGGAAAGUUACACUCGACGCUCAAGAUGCUGGAGGCCCAUACACCAUCAAUGCCUCCUCAAAAGUGGGUAACACCACCGCAUCCAUAAGCCUGGCUGAUGUGCUGUUCGGUGAUGUUUGGUUAUGUAGUGGGCAGAGCAACAUGGCCUUCACAGUUACUCAGGUACAGAUGUGUACAUGUAAGCUCUUGUCUAUGUAUGGAAGACACAGCACAGUUUGCAACUAAUUAUUCAUGAUCAAGUUGGCAUAACCAGGCCCCAGUUGUUCAAAAGGGGGAUAGUGCUAUCCACUGGAUAAAUCUUUAUCCACUGGAUAGUGCAAUUUAUUGGUUUCCCUAAUAUUUAUCCACUAGAUAGUGAUUUAUCCAGACAGUGGAUAGCACUAUCCAGCUUUUGAACAACUGGGGCCAGGUGGUUGAUACUGUCCUCUAGAUAAAUCUUUUCCAGGUAUAACGCAAUAUCAGUUUCCCUACCACUUAUAUCCAUGGGAUAGUGUUAACGUAGGCUAUCUAAUGGUCUGAGUUCUAUUGGUGGCUGAAACAUUGUUGCGGUCCAAAGUCGAAAACUCAAACUCCGCGUAUGUUAAACUAUGUCUUUAUUCCAUAAACAUUCCAGGUUUCCAAAGACAAAUUAAGAUCUGAUCCGAGUCAACUUCAAACAAAUUCAUGAUUAAGUGGGUCCAAAUAAGGUCAAGUAUCCUAUGCACGACGAGUUAGGUUUUCUAGAAUCAAAAUACAAGCUUAUGAUGAGUUCAGUGUUCAAAGUUCUUUAGGAAAUGGCUGAAAUACAAGUCAGAAAACCUACCGACUGUUUUGAGUUGCACGAGUACACUUCCAAAAUGGCAAACUUACAAAGAGUCAGGUUUCAAAAAACAUUUUUGUACAUUGCAGGCACGAAAUACGUGCGCAGCAGUAUUAACAAACAUACACUACCACACCCCUUAACCAUUUAAUUUUUGACUGCUUUGAAGGUCUUUUAAUGAGACAGAACGUUUGUGGUGAAAAUUACAUUUAUCUGAUUGGCCUCUUUUACUUGAAUUGUUUGUUUUCCCAUUGCAGAGCAUUGACAAUUUCACUGAAUGUUCUUUAAGAAAUUGUGCCUCCCCUCUAGGUUUUGGGUGCAAUUUUGAUUGACAAUUGAAAGAACACGUGACAGUGAGAAAUAAAGAUGUUUUCAAGUUUUUUCACGUUGAGAACAGUUGAGUUAAUGUUUCUGUGUUUUAUUGGUGUUGAAAAAGUGUUCGCGUUUAGCGAAGAAAAAUUUAAGAAACAGAAAUUUCUCUUUAAAUUAUGAAUACAUACAUAAUACCGGUACAUGUACAUGUGAGAAAGACAAAAAUGGAAAGAAACAGCACUCUUAAAGUAGCAUCACAAAAUUGGCCUGUGCUCACCAUGGUAAAUUAAAAAAGUGAAUUAACAAACCUAAAAGCUUAAAAGAGCUCUGUUGUCUUAUAAAACUCACAUUAGGUUGUAAAUGCUUCAGAGGCUAUUGAAGAAGCUGACCAUUAUCCUGACAUCAGACUGUUUACAGCAAGCCUCAUAGCAUCCGAGACUCCUCUUUAUGAACUUCAAGAAGUUAUGCAACCAUGGAGUGUAGCCUCUUCUAGUAAGGAACUGAAUUUUUUUUGCCUAUUAAUGAAAAUUUGAUGGUUAACCCCAUCUCAAAUAUUUGAGAUAUGAUAGACCUCUUUAGCUUGUAUGUAUUGUUUUCCCGAUGAAGGUCGCAGGGGAAUUUGCCCCUUUUUCUUUUCAUAAAUUAUGCGUACAUACACUGUAUGAGUGAAGACAAAAUUUGAAAGAAACAGUUCUGUGGAGUACUAUCACAUGUGGAAAAAUAGAAGACAGAAGUUCAAGGGGACUAAUAAGAAGCCACAUUUUGAAGUUUUAGUUUCUACUUUUAUGUUUUAAAAAGUCACAGGUGCUCAGAAUAGUUACUUGCCUGUGUAACAAGGCUGUGCUCUAGUAGUAGAGCCCCAUCACAGGAAAAAAUAACGGGGUCCCAUUUUUGGGUAUUUAAAGAAUACCUACAAAAAUCCCAAAUUUGGAAGAGUGAGACAAGUCCCAAUCUGGGAACUUGGUUGGGAAUUCCCUGGUUGGGACUUGUCUCACUUUUCCAAAUUUGGGAUUUUUAUGGGUAUUCUUUAAAUACCCAAAAAUAUCCAAAAAUGGGAAUCCGUUAUUUUUUCCUGUGCAUGGCCUUGGCGCCCGACUUUUGCUCUCGGGUGCAACUAGAAAUUCUUAGCUUUUCCAUACAAAUCAUAUGCUGGGCACCCUAGAUUUUGCAGGCUCAGAGCAUUGGGCUUCCUUUCAAUUUAAUUUCCAUAGAGCACAUAAUUACGCAGCCUUGUGAAAACUUGUUUUUUAUAACAUCUUUGUAUGGAAAAGAACAAGAAACGUAUAAAGUGUGUGGGGAUAACAUCUGUUACAGUAUUACUGCAAAAGUAUAAUAGUUACCAUUACUAUUGCAUGCAUUAAUCAGCAAAGCUACACAAUAAGGUGGCCAGAGCUUGCAACCCACAAUAUUUUGACUAGCUCAUCAGUCAGCUUGGGCAGUUCAAUAAUAUUGGGUAGAGUGUUACAUCUGGUCAUUUUUUAAGGUCAGGGCUCAUGUCAUUUGACCCUUCAAGCAUGUAUUUUUUUUCCAAGCUCUUUUCAAAAGGCAUCAACAUUUUAUAGUGCCACCAUUUGUUUCCACUUGAAAUGUUGCCUGAGGAAAAACUGCUGAAAUUCCAUACUCAGAUGGUGUGUCACUGCACCCAGGUCUGGGUAGUGCUUUUGGUUGGUUGAAGAAAAUUUUCAACCAAUCCGAAGCACUAUGCAGAUCUAGCUAGUGACACUUCAUCAAUGUGGAAUUUAUAUCUGUAGUCAUUCCUCAGAUGUCAUUUUGCGGGUAUUAAAACCAGUGGUGGUUUCACAACAUGUUGAUUGUUCUCUCAGGAUAGCAUAUCAUUGUCCAGUGCAAUUUGUUUUUGGAGAAUGUAAAGAAUUGCAUAACCCAUUUUCUUUAUAAAGUUUUUACUGUUUACAAAUUUGUCUCAUUUUUCAAAGAAUCAGUGAAUGGUGGUGCUUGGAAAUACUUCUCAGCGGUGUGCUGGUUUUAUGGUAAGAAUCUUUAUGACCAGUACAAGAAACCAAUUGGAUUGAUUGCUACAGACUGGGGUGGUACCCCAGUUGAAUCAUGGUCAUCGCCAGACGCCCUGCAUCAGUGUAACAUAACUGGAGACAAAGUAGUGGAUGUGUAAGUUAACAAAAAACUUUUUCACACUGCUGAAGGAAUUUAAUAAAGUCAGCUCUUUAUUGAUUAACAGCUCUAUGAGAUGUUCACCUUUCUAAAAUAGACACCUAGAGUUGUUCCGGAUCAUUAUAGGUUUCUGGGAAACUGCCCACGUACCCCUCCCCUAAGCCAACAUUAACACUUACUUUUCAGUUAGGGAAAAAUGUUGGCUUAGGAGAGGGGUAGGUGAGCAGUUUUCUAGAAACGUGUAAUGAUCUGUUGUUCCCUGCUGUUCUUGUGUCAUUGUCCUAGACACUUGAACUCAUAGGCCUGGUGAUCAGGUUCAACAUUUUUCUUUUUGGAGUGGAUUAAAUGUAGACAAUCCACCUGAUUUUUCUUAUUGCUCCACAACUUAAUACCUCUACUGUAAAAUGGAAAUUAUCAACUGGUAAGUUCCAUUUUUGUCUUUUAUGUUGUGAAAUAACAUUAAGCAAAGUACCAAGCUUUUUGAGAAAAAUCCGCAUUUCAGCAUAAAACAACCAAACAUGGCUAUUUAAUGUAAAAUCAGGUGAAAAAUCUGCAAAAGGCAAUUUUUAGGUUUUUUUAUUUAAUUUGCAAAGAUUUCACUCAUGAAGAAGAGAAUCUUGCAAGAGUCUUGAAAAUUUCAGACUUUUUGAAAAAUAAAAUGAAUUUGAGAGCCCUUGAAUCGCAAAAUUUAAUGCCCUUUUUGAUAUUUGCCUAUUGAAAUCACAAACAUCAAACCUCUCAAAAUACCGUCUUGCCAAAAUUGUGAAAAUUUAGCGCCAAUCGGGAACAUGAGAACAAACUAUACAAUGCAGGUGAAAGAAGAAAGAACAGGUUUUUUAUAUGCAUUUAUCUUCUUUUCCUAUUUCUUUACAGAUUCGUUUCACCUGAAGAAGAGAUAUUUAAGGGCCCCAACACACACUCAGCAUUGUAUAAUGCAAUGAUUCAUCCUUUUUUGAACAUGACCAUAUAUGGGGCUAUUUGGUAUCAAGGGGAGGCUAAUGCAGCUGCACCAUUUACGUACAACUGUACAUUUCCGGCUAUGAUUGAUGACUGGCGUUCCAAAUGGUUCUAUGGUACCGACAAGCUCACUGAUCCUGAAUUUCCUUUUGGAUUUGUUCAGGUAGGUCAUUGGGGGUUAGUAGGCUGUUGUAGGCGUUCAGAAUGGGGACGGUGCAAAAAGAUCUGAGCAGGGAAAACAGCGAGGGGUGGGGUAGCGGACUUCGGGCCAAACUCCACUAUCUGAACACCUGGAACAGCUAUGAGGGUAGUAGACUCAUUAUUAUCAUUAUCAUCAUCUACUUCAUCAUCAUCAUCAGGUUCGCUCUUAUCAUCAAGUUAAUUAUUCUCAAUUGACCUUCCAUGAACAGCCUUCGCGUUUUCUUGCUUUUCAGCGUUAUUUCGGUGGAAAUUCCACAUUCAGUCACUUUCUCGCUGGUCUGCCGCGAUAUCUUUUAGGUGAUGACUUUCAAAAUAGAACUUGACUAUAGAGGAUAAGAGAUUACAAAAGGGUUGGCUAACCACAUUGAGCUACAGGCUGGAUGGUCUCCCUCGCAACCUUUUUAAGUGUCAUCACGCAACGCUUGUGCGGAGGAGUGUUGCGUGACAACACUAAAAACGGCAGCGAGGGAGACUACAGACAGGAGGGAGUUAAAAGAUAAAUGUUGCGAGGCUGUGUCAGUCGGGGGAGGUGGCGAGGGGAUGGGUGUUGAGGCCUGAUUGAAAGGCAGAGAAUGUCAAAGGCGGCUGUCUUUUUGUUUUUUUUGGUAUUAGCUAUCAUCGUUUUACCAAAAAUCAAAGCUUGCAGAUGGCUUUCCUGUUAUCCGCUGGGCUCAGACUGCCAACUACGGCUAUGCUCCUAACCUCAGAGAACGGAAUGUAUUUAUGGCAGUUGCGAUGGACUUGGGAAAUAAAUCAGCUAUUUAUGGCAGUGUUCACCCCCCUGACAAACAAGAUGUUGGGUUUCGUUUAGCCCUUGCUGGACGAGCAGUUGCGUAUGACGAUUUGGAUGUAUAUUUCUCCGGUCCCAUUGUUUCUGAUGUGACAUUCAGUUGGCAGAUUAACACCACAUUUUGGAAAGCAAAUGUUAAAUACCACCACGAAAGUGUAGGAAAAGGAGGUAUCGAAGUGCGUGCCUUGCGCGGCUUUCAGGUUUGAGCAUUUUUUUAACUAUUAAAUUAAAAUAGUUAAAUCUUCAUUGUUACAAGGGGCAAUCCUCUGAGAGACUGGAAUUUAGACUACGGCUAAUGGUAGAUGAGAUGUCACAAAUACCAACAAAUUGGGGGAAACCAAACUCGUUGCGAAGAUGAGUAGUCUGAAAGAUCACCCUUCAGUUGUGAUUCUGAAAAAAUAUAAAUCCAUCGACUUAACAGGAGCACCCAACGACGAUUUGUUCGUAAAUGCAUUGAAAACACUUUUUAGGCUAUCCAGAGUACUCUUACGUCUCUAGAAAUGCAUUCUAAGAGGCGCUGUAAAAUUGGUAUCUGUUCGGCUGAGUCUUUUCGAAAUUAAAAGGGCUUCAAUAUUAUCUUCCCGAACUUUUAGAUGCAAUUUGACGUAUCACGAAAGUGAGACAUUUUAUGAUUUCUCUCUCCAUCGCAUUUUUGAGUCCGAAAAGUUUAGGUUUCCUUUUUUUCUACGAAAAAAUAGGCUAACUUGGGAAGUGAAAUGUGAAAAUUAAAGAUCAGAAAAUCGUAGGGAAUUUAUUAGAAAAGCUUCGAAAAAUGAACAUGAAUGGAACGGUCAUCUAGAAAUUUUUAGCCGCCCUGAGGUAAUAGAAAGUUCUAGGCAAUACUUGCUUCUCCGAACAGAUAUUUUAUCGAAAACAGUCGUUUGGUGCCCCUGACUUAACUUCUCAGGUAUGACCCAGUCUCUGUUAGUAUAAAAGAUAUGGCAAAACGAAUACCUCACGUCAACCGUCAGUUUUCGAAUUUCGAUUGAGUGGAUUUAAAUCUAGCCUGUGUACAGCCGCCCCUCCGUGGUCGUUAACCUACUCCCUCAAAACCACACUUGCGGUUUAUUUAAGAUGCUUGUAUUAUUUGGGACAUCAUCGGCACUCAAUGACUUUUCUGUUUCAUUGCUCUGCUAUAUGCAUAUUGCAAUUGUGUUAGCGAGAAUUUGCAAUUGCAUGCUGUGCUAGUUGAACAUUGCGUUUAUCCCGUGAACAACUGGUUCAAGAUUGUAUGCUGUUCUAGUUUCUCAUUCUCAGCAAGAGCUCAAGAAUGCACUUGGCGCUAGCUGCUUAUUGCACGAGUUCGUGAUUGCGUGCGGUGCCAGUUGAAAAUUGGGCUUGUGACAGCCAGAAUUUUACAGGGCUGCAUGAAGUGCCUAUUGCAAAUUAAUAAUUCAUAAUUCCCUCUAAGUACUCACGCAUCUAAACGAGUCAAACGGACAAAAGUGGCUUAAGAACGUUAAUUAUUCCAGUGGAUGUGUAAAGCAUUUCGUCACCGCUGUUAACCCACCACUAACCGCGCGAAAUCGCCCGUUUGAAAUCACGUUUCUUGCAGCAUGAAAUGUGCAAUAUAUUUGUAAAUAACUCAAUAAGCAGCGAGUAACUACAAUGAAAAUCUUGUCUCUCUACCCACUUGUACCUCUACAAAAAUAAACUUCUCUUUUUCUUUCGCGUUUUCGGGAAAAUUUUUCGCAAAGACAUCAAGGGUUGUAAACACCCAGCUAAACUUAUGGACAGAAAAAAGCGAAAUUUUGAUUUUGACGCAAUUUCUUAGAAAUAUAGCUGUAUUCUCAUCCCAGGAAAGAAAGCUCGAUUGGUUUCCCAUCUGCAAACAAAGAUUGGGAUAGUUUUGCCUUAUUUGUCCUGAUACUGGUAAAAUCCUACGACAGCUGCGAAAAGAAGCUGUGUGCUGAGAACACCAAUUUGGGUGCAACUUAGAGCUUUUGAAAAGCUGGACAUGUUAAUUUAAGACUUUAGAUGAAUAUUUUGUUCACGUACCUGAUGCAAUGGGACCAAGGGUGACGCAUAUGGUCAGGGCACUCGCCCUUCAUCAGCAUGAUGAGAUUUAAAUACCAUAGUUGAUUACUUACGCAGGUUGAGGUUCUGGUUGAUUCUCCCUUUGUUCCAAGGGGGUUUCUUUGUGUUACUUUACCUUAAAAACCAACACCUUCUUAUUUCAUUUCUAUCUGGAACGCACGAAGAAGUCAAGGCGGGUUCUUUGGCGGUAAACAAACAACUUUAAAAUUUACAACUCCAGUUCAUGUAAUGGCCUUGUCUCCUCGUUCUGACGUGUCCGUGGUUAUUCGAUCAAGAUAAUCCACUUAAUAAAAAAUCUUUUCUAAAGUAGCCGUCUUCCAACAAAAAUAAGAAAAUUGUUUUUGAGUUUUCAAAUCAGUUGAAAGGAUGGAUUGUACUUGUUUUUCUUGCAGUACUACUGCGUAUCAUCCAGUAACCCAUCAGACUCCAUGUUCACAGAGGCUGAGAUUAGCACAAGUGCAUUUAACAUGCUUGGUUUGUCUGGUGAAUGCCCAUCCGGUUACCAAGCAACAGGGUUAAGGUAUGCUUGGAAUGUGACACCUUGCGAGUUUAAGAACUGUGCUGUUUACAGUAAGGAGAAUGAAUUGCCAAGUCCUCCCUUCGUAUGGAAUGCACCAGAUGUUCAGCCAACCAAGUGAUUGUCAGUCGUAACCGCUAUUCACCCCCUUCCCCGAAAUAGUCAGUAUCAAAGAAAUCCUCAAUUUCAUAUCAAGUAGAAGUACCGCUAAAAAGGUUUAAUUUGCAUAGUUACACCGCAGGAACUCGUCACCAGAUUCCACAGUUAGCACCAAAUUACGUGCCUCCAUGACAGACUCCUAGUGACACCCCUAGGAUUGAAAGGGGUGACCGGAUUGCUCUCACG